CUCCUCCUGCUCUCUGCAAUGCUGUGUCUGUGGUUCUUCAGAGGCUGCUAUGUAUCAGCUGUGACAGUGACACUGAUGGUGCUGAAUUCUGCCCUAGUUUUGGCUAGGGACAGCCAACCCUAUUUCCUGGGCCAGGCUAAGAAUGAGUGUUAUUUCUCAAACGGGAUGCAGCAAGUGCGGUACCUGAUAAGAUACAUCCACAACCGGGAGGAGACCCUGCACUUCGACAGCGAGGUGGGGCAGUACCAGGCAGUGAGCGAACUAGGGAGGCCUGAAGCCGAGUUCUGGAACCACCGGAAAGACAUCCUGGAGCGGACCCGGGCCGAGGUGGACACGUUCUGCAGGCACAACUGGGGGGUGUUUCGGGACCUUCUGCUGCAGAGGCUGGUUGUGCCACAGGUGACUGUGUAUCCUGCCAAGACACAGCCCCUGCAGCACCACAACCUCCUGGUGUGCGCAGUGAGUGGCUUCUACCCAGGCAACAUCCAGGUGCGAUGGUUCCGCAAUGGGGAGGAAGAGGAGGCUGGAGUGGUGUCCACAGGCCUGAUCCGGAAUGGAGACUGGACGUUCCAGACUCUGGUGAUGCUGGAGACGGUUCCUGAGAGUGGAGAGGUUUACAGCUGCCAUGUGGAGCACCUGAGCGUGAGCAGCCCAAUCAUUGUGGAAUGGAGGGCACAGUCUGGAUCUGCACAGACCAAAGUGCUGAGUGGAGUUGGAGGCCUGGUGCUGGGGCUGCUAUUCCUGGGGUUGGGGCUGUUCAUCUACUUCAGGAACCAGAAAACAUGUUCCUCCCUUCCCAAGGUUCACUGAACUGCAGCCCCA